CUUUGUGCUCAGCGUCUGGAAGGAAAGGACCAAUUUAAAAUAACAGACAUCGCCUUGUUCAGAGUAUGACAGCUACAAACAUGGACACGAUGACGUUCGUUUCUCAAAUCCACCCUACUGCUAAUGAAGUUAGGAGGUCUGUGCCAUUUAAGCUUGAAAACGAAGAAGUGGAUGAAAUAGCAGAACUCCGAUACAAACUUACCAAGGCUAAAAAUGAGACUGUACAGCUGGUAGCAAAGUAUAAUGAAGAGUUGUCAUCCUGUCAGAGCCAGGUGGCCAAGCUCCGUUCUGAAGUUGAGAAAGGGGAAGCUGUUCGUCAGAGUUUAGAAUAUGAGUUGGCGGUGGCAAGAAAGCAAUGUGGCAUGGAAAGAAUAGCUCUGCAAGAGGAGAAAGAAAAUUCCUAUGUAAAACAAGAACUUUUUAAAGCUCAAAUAGAAGAACUUCAAAAAAAGAUGCACACCAUAGAAGAAAAUUUCCAGAGCACACAGUUCGGCUGGCAAGAGGCGCAGAAAAGACUUGAAAGUGAUUUGAAGGAUCGAGACCUUGUGAUUGAAAACUACAAAAAAGAGCAGAGGGUGCUUAUGUCUGAGAAAGCCAGUCUGGAAACACAUACGCAGAAAGAAACCGUGGUCACCCAGGAGCUGCACCAAAGAUUAAAUGAAUUGGAUAGAGAGAAGAAUAGCCUAUUGGAUACCGUGAGGAGACAAAAGAGUGAGAUUGCAUUUGGGCUGGAAAGAGAAGACCGACUGAAGCAGGAACUUGAGGCUGCAGGUCAGAGAGUGAAGAGGCUGGAGGAGAGCAUUGAAGCCGAAAGAGCAGCACAUCUGGAGUCCAAGUUUAACUCUGAAAUCAUCCAGCUGCGCAUUCGGGAUCUCGAGGCGUCAUUACAAGUGGAGAAAUCUAACCAGGCACAAACCUCAUCAGAUUUGGACCUUAUAAAAAGUCAGUUUAGAGAAGUGGAAAAAGCCUACGGCAGAGAAAAAUCUACUGCAGAAGAACUGGCAGACAAACUGCACAAAUUGGAGAAGGAAUAUUCCUAUAUGGUAAAUGAGUUUAAAGCAGAAAUGGAGAAGCGAAACCAAAUGAUUACAGAUCUGUCCAUGAAACUCAAGACUUCGGAAGAAAGCUUGGCUGUAAUGGAAGAGGACCUGGAAAAGAGCAAAAAAUGCCAACUGUCCUUAGAAGAGGCUUAUGGAUGUAACGUGAGAGAACUGCAGACACUGGUGGAAAGCUUUAAUACGCUAAGCCAUCGUCAAUCAGGGACGCACAGUGAUAAAGAUAAAGCUGCUGGACCUGCUGUUCUUGAGGCUCUGAGACAUACCUUGACAGGUUUCCAGAACAAGCUGGAAAGCACAUCUAAUGAGUUAGAAACAAAGCAACGUGUGUGUGCAGGGAUGAAAGAGGAGCUGGAAUCUUCCAAGCAGAGGAUUCACACCCUGCGAAUAAACCUUGAGAACAUUAGGUCGGAAGAGCUGGUUUCCAAGAAGGAGUUCCAAAGUCUGAGUGCUGCCUAUUCUGAAAGAGAGUCUCAAGUAGCCCAGCUUCAGACAGAGCUGGUGAAGACACGUGACACCUGGGAGAAGGAAAAACUGAGGGCACUGGAGGCUGAACAAGAAAUCCAGAAAUUAACGCGAAUAUUUCAGAAGGAUGCAGAGGAGAAAUUCACUUUCCUACAUGGUUUAUACCAGCGCCUGGUAGCAGGGUGUGUGCUCCUAAAAGAACCAGAAAGCAUGAUGGGUAAUUUCUCUUGGCCAGAACUCUGUAUUAUCUUGCAGGAGAACGUUGAUGCCCUUAUCUCAGACCUUCAGCGAGCCAAUGAAAAGGUAUCUCAUCUGGAAUAUGCUUGUAAGAACAAGGCUGAUGUGUUGAGGGACCUGCAGAAGAAACAUGAGGACUCACUUGAUAGACUCACUCAGCAGAUGAAAGAACAGCAAAAUUCCUGGCAACAGAAAACUAAGGAUUUAGAGCAACAUUACUCCGUUCUUCUUGGGGAAAUUAACUCCAGGGCACAGAAAUAUCAGAGAAUAGCAGAAAAAUCUAAAGAUAAGAUUUCCAUCUAUGAAAAAACCAAAGAUCAGCUGGCACUGGAGAAUGUGCAGAUAAGAAAUCUUCUUAUUAGCACAGAAAAGGACCAUAAGUCGCUUCUUGCAGCGUGUGCACUCAUGGCUGGCGCAUUAUACCCAUUGUACAGUAGAGCUUGUACUCUAGCUGCAGAAAGAAAUUUCCUUCAAGACCAGAUGAACAUUUAUGUAGAUGUUCAGAGAGAAAUCCGACAACUAGUACAAGCACUGUCUGAUAGUGAAGUUAAAAGGAAUGGCGAUUCCAAGAGAAGGCCAAAAUAUUCCAGAUGUAUGAAGUAUGUGUUUCGACGCGGUGUUAUAGUGGUUUUAGCGGCUAAUAGACUUCAGCAACUUGGAAGAUCCAGUAGGACACUCUUUACAUGGAUGGAAGACAUGAAUAAAGGACCUAGUCUUUUGGUGUGUCCUGUAGGAGGCCAAAGCAGCAAAACACUCAGACCACAGAAUGAGCUGAUGCGUUGUCAAGAAGCCUGGAAGUGGAUUACCAGCACCGACCUUCUAUCUGCUAUCAUCACUUCAAUGUAUGAUUUGCUUGGGGUUUUAAAUGAGAAAGACCCUGAUUCUAGAUCACAGAGACCGCUCAUCGACACGACCAGGAACUGUUUUUCUAAGCUGAUGAGCAAGCUGAAUGUAGCGUCUGAAGCUAGAGGUGUAGAACCACAGAGAUACUGCAUUUCUGUGGACACGGGCAGCCUGGUCCACAGACUGAUGUGUGGACUUCACAAAGUCAGUCUCCAAACAUCAGCUAUGGACUUUACAAGUACAACUCCCAUCAUGAAAUGCCUAGCUGCCUUAAAAAAACAGAUUCUUGGGUUCACCCAGCGACUGCAUACAGCAGAAGUUGAGAGACGAUCACUGCGCCGGGAGCUGUCUGAUAUUAAGCAGAAAAUCAGUGAAAUUAGCAGCGAUGUUGGCAGCACAGAGAAUCCUAAAGCGCAAAAAACGACGUUCCAGCAAUCUAAAGUGGUUCCCUAUGAGAAAUUCAGAAUGGUCUUCAGUGAGCUGAACGGCGCAUUGCUACGUGAACAAGAAGCCCAGAUUCUCCUAACUGAGCAGUCUCAGCAAUUACUGGAGCUCAAUCACAAGAUAGAAUUACACUCCCAGGAGGAGGCAGAGAAAGAUCAAACCUUGUCAGAAGCAGUUAAGGGUCUUUCUGAAACAAAAAUGGAGCUGCGGAGAAAAGAUCAAUCUUUGCAUCAGCAGAACAGACAGCUGACCCAGCUGGAGCAGGACAAGCGUCGACUGGAAGAGAGCAUCUCCAGGGCAGAGAGUGCCCUGCGUACAGCCGAUAGGGAAAAGGAAGUCAUUACAAAUUAUAUGAAAUCCGUUGCAGCAGAGUUUCAGAAGAUGAGAGAUCAGACCUCUUUAUCACGGGUAGCAACAUCACUGCAAGAUUUCGCUUUCCAGCUCCCAAAGUUAUCACCUAAAAUAUUUGAAAUGAAAGGGUACACGGGAGGAUCAGACUUCUCUGCUUGCCAGAACAUGAUUAAGAGCUUUUCGGACAUCUAUCAGGUCGCAUGCACCAAAGCAGCUGCUCUAGAAAGAGAGAUCAUUUUCCACGAAAAGCACAUUGCUGCUCUAAAAUCCGAGCUGCAGACCGCGUGCCUUCGCGAGACCAAGAGCUUGUCUCCGGCAAAGCUUGAUGCCAACACUGUGCCAAGCUCAGACUUUUUACCACUGCAGGCUGAGCCGGACUUCUCCCAAAGCCAUAUGAACUUUAGUCGUAUCAACAGCAGAACCUUCCAGCCUAUUGACUCCUCGUCUGUUAGUGACCUUACAUCAACAGCCAUGCAAGAGCUGCCAACGAAGAUGUAACCGCUGCCCUCCCAGCACUAGAAUUAUUGCCAUCUGCAAUUAAAAACAACAUGUCCGGCUGUAAAUGCUCUUUAUUACCAUCAUGUCCGCUGUGUAUAUAAGCACAGGGUACGUGUCGUGGAUUUUGCUACAGAUUUAUCCCUACAAUUUGCAAUGGGCAAAAUCCAUUGUGGAACUGCACCUCAUACAUUGACAAGAUGCAGAAUCCACAGACCUAUGGAUGUGAUUUCAUAAAAUGCCAUCCACCGUGCUACUACUGUAAACGCUGCGGAUAUUCUGCUCACAGUUCAGUGGUAGAAAAUCCGCAGAAUAUCCUCCCAAAGGGAGCAUACCCGUAUCAUGCACUGAUGUUUUUUUAUGCUAUGUAUUUGUAUACAAUUUUUUCAUAGCUUUAUUAUUUAAUUUGUACAGAAUUUUAUACAUUUUUAUAUAUAUAUAUUUUUAAAUUCUAAAAUAAUUUAGUGCUGUAAUGUGUGUCUGAUGAUCUGUCGGAAGACAGAGGACCAGCGUAAUACAUAUGGAAUAUUGCUAUAACAACAUUUUAUUUUUUCUUAAACUGCUUUAACGUACAUACGUCAAUCAUUUUUGCCAUUUUGUAGUGUCUCUGGAUUUGUAAUUAUUAGUUUAAAAAAAAAAACUCUUUUGGGCUGAUAAAAUACAUUCACUAAUGAACAAUAAAACAGUAAAUGCAUUUUAGAUGUAAAUUCGAGGAAAUUUGCCGAGGUUGGUGGUAUCAAUGCAGCAAUAGGGCAGUUGGAAGGUCUUCAGACCCUUUCCCUUUUUUCACAUUUUGUUUUGCUGAAUUUAUCAGCGGUGGACUCAACUCAAGGUGUAGAAAUAUCUCAAAGACGAUCAAGAGAAAUUGGAGGCCCAGAGCUAAAUUCCAAGAGUAAUAGAAAAGGGUCUGAAUACUUAUGUCUAUACAGAAUUUUAUUUUUUUAUUUUUAU